GGGUCGGCGCCUUCGACGCAUGGCUAUGAGUGCGUGGCGCCUGUCGACGAGAAGAGCCCUCCUGACGACAAGAGCAAGGAAAAAAAAGAAGCUGCACCGCCGCCGGUCGAACAGCAACCGCAUUGCAUCGAUCCGCGAGCUUGCGAGACGGCGGUCGAUACGGGGGACUUCAGCGCGGACGCCUUCUUCGCGCCGUACGACGGUUGCGGCGAGGUGGGCGUCUACAACGGCAAGUACGAAGUCCCCACGCAAAGGCCGCUCGUCGAAUGGGGCAUGCCCUUCUACGGACCCGGGCCGUGGGCGAUCGGCAGCGAGGUGAUCGGGCCCACGAACUUGGUUGUGCCGAAGUUCUACAUUUACGGCGACUACCGCGCCGGACUCGCGCAGAACGACCUCGUCAACGACGAGCAGACGGUGCUCGCCCACCGACUCAACCUCGAGCUCGACUACUGGUUCACCGCGACCGAGCGCGUCCACGGCUUCCUCGGGCCGUUCCAGAAAGACGCCCGGUUCAUGCGCGUCGUCGAUGGCGAGUACAUCGAAGAGCUCGACUUUUUCCAGGCCGAGACCGACACGCUGUUUUUCGAGGGAGACCUUGGGCAGAUGCUGGGCGGCAUCGAGGGGCGCUACGCGUCGUUCGAUAUGCCGAUAACCUUCGGUCUCGUGCCGCUGGUGUUCCAAAACGGCAUCUGGAUGCAGGACGCAAUCGUCGGCGGCGCCGUGACGCUGCCGGCGAAGAACUCGCCGCUCUUCGACUGGUCGAACUUCGACGUCACGUUCUUCGGCGGCGUCGACCGCAUUUCGUCGGGCGCCUUCGGCUUCGACGAAGACGCCGCGGCCCUCGUCGGCGCGACGACGUUCAUCGAAACGCGGGGUGGUUACUUUGAACUCGGCUAUGGCUUCGUCGAGGAUCAAGAGAACGGCGGCCGCAGCUACCACAACCUCGGCGUCAGCUACACCCGGCGUUACGCGAACCUCGUGUCGAACUCGGUCCGUGCGAUCGUCAACGCCGGCCAAGACCCGCAUAACGGGCAGCGGACCGCGGACGGCGUGCUGCUGCUGAUCGAGAACACCUUCCUCACGAAGAACCCCUACAACGUGAUGCCGUACUUCAACGUCUUCGCCGGCUUCGAUACGCCGCAACCGCUCGCGCGGGCUGGGGCGUUUGGCGGCGUCUUGUUCAACACGGGCAUCCUGUUCCAGAGCGACUGGCUCACCGGCUACCCCACGCUCGACGCCACUGGCAACAACACGUACGGCGCCGCCAUCGGUGUGGACCUGCUGUCGCCGGCGUUCGAUCAGCAGCUGAUCCUCGAAAUGGCGGCCCUGAAGACCAUGUCGAGCGCAAGCAACCGCGUCGCGUCGGGUGACCAAGUCGGCGUCGGGGCCCGCUGGCAGAAGAAGCUCUCAACCGCCACGCUCAUCCGCGCCGACGCAAUGGUCGGCAUGCUCGAUAACUCCGACGACAUCAGCGGCGUGCGGGUCGAGUACCGGUGGAAGUUCUGA